AUGGAGGAGGCAUCAUCGAGUUCUCAAUCUCCCCAGGGCUCGAGAGAGUGGACCGUCGAAAACAAUCAGCAGCGGAUACUGGACAAACUCUCGAGCAUCUUAAAGGAUCUGGAGAGAACUCUGGAGAGUAUUGCUACGGUAUGGGAUGGGCAGGAUAUGCAGAAUUAUCCCAUCGGCCAAGUUUUUGGAAUCUUCAGGAAGCUACUCACUGAUUUCGAACUACCACCCUCCCAAAAAGCACGGAGUGGAAGCGGCACCGCCGUCCUGGUAGGGCAUCUGCGCACAAAAACGACAUUGAUGGUUGUGCAAUGCUACAUACUCUGCGUCAACAUCAUGAGCACCGUUGCCGAGAAGCUUUGGCAAGCCGUAUCCUCCCUGCAACUGGCCUUACAGCCCGCCGGCCCGUCAUCGUCAAUGCAGAACGGCCAAGGGCACGAGCUACAGUCAGGUCCGUUUACGCAACCAUCAACCUCGGGCAGAGACGUCGAGCUUGAGACUGCAACGCGAUCAAUUGUGAGCACCGGCUUGGGCCCCAGCAGCAGUGACAGUAGCAACAAUGGCUCCAGUAGCGUCGACGAGGAUUUCCAAAUAGGCGAGUCGGCCCCCCAGCUCGACCCUUUGGCGCACGCCCUGUCCUCUGCCUGUGCGACGUUGCGGACGGGUGUUAGGUUGUUGCGGGAGAUCGAGUUGGUGAUUGGGCUGCCGCAGGAGCAUGGCGUUGCUGCGAAGGGGUUGCCGAUCGGAGGCUUGCCCUAUGACACCAAAGCUCGGUGCGCUUCGGGUCAUGCCGCUGGCUCGCCGGGCCCCUCCAUGUACAUUGAUUUAUCGUGCGUGGCUCGGCUGGUCGUGGUGCUGUGGGAUGAGCAAGGGGCUGCGACGCGAUUCGGGUCUAAUCCGGCCGGUCACGGAGUCGGUUCUGAGAAGACGUUGACGCUGCUGCGACGUUGCUAUGUAGACAUUGUUCGCCUUUACAAGCACCAUUUGUCAUAUUAUGAGAUUGGAUAG